AUGGCUAUUAUUGAUAAUAUGGCUGUGAUUGUAGAUAGAAUUUCUAUUGCUAAUGUAUUGUUUAUAUUGUUGUUUGAAGCUUCUGUAAAUGUAGCUAUUAUUGUGAUUUUGGUGUUAGUUGGCUUUGUGCUUGGAUUUUCUUGGGUGUUUGGUAUUGUAGAAGUUUGGUGUUGCAGAUGUUGUUUGCGUGAGGAUGUUGAUAAAUCAUUAGUUAAAGAUCAACUAAAUGAAGAUAUAGAUGAACUUCAGAUAGAAUCCUUAAGCGAUCUUAAGGAUGACAUAAAAAGAUUAAGUCUUUUGAUAGAACACUUUCAUGAUUUCACAAUUAAGGAUAAACAAAAAAAAUUUUUAGUUGAAUCAUUUAAUUGCUAUUUGGAAAAAGACCAAAUAAAUGCUAAAAACUUGGAUAUAGAUACAAAUCUAUUCAAUCAUCUUCAGCACUUCAUUAAAGAAUUGCAGAAUAAAAAUAAUUAUAAUGCUCAACUAAAUAAAAUUAGAAUACAAGCAGUUGACCUUGGAUUAUUUUAUAUUCAUCAAAGGGAUAAAAUAAUUGGCGAUGAAAUCUUUAGAAAAGCUAUUAAGAAGAAAGAGGAUUAG